UGUCCAUCCAGAGCGGAGGAAAAAAACGACAGAAAGAGGAGAGCCGGAGCGGGACUGGCAGGAAAAAGCACCGGAAAGCGGAGCUGCUCCAGCGGGAUAAACACGCAGAGGAGCGGCGGAGAUAACGGGAGUCCUGGAGGUUGAUCUGCGGAGGAGGAGGAGGACCAUGCUCUCCUGAAUCGCUCCACCUUCAGACCCCCACGCCGCCUCUCCCCCAUCAUGAAUCACACGCCGAGCCCGCACCUGUCCGACGGCGGUAAGUCGGCCGGGGGCGGCCUGCUGUGCAGCCUGGGUCUGGGAUCGGACCGAGGGAUCCGCUCCCCGGACAGCCUGACCCACACCCCCAGCCCCACCGGGGAGACGCCCAGCUCCAGCCCCCCGCUGCUGCUGUCGCCGGGGCUGGGGAGCUUCGGGCUGGGCUCCCUGGGGGCCAUGGGCGAGGCAGCCGGAGGAGACUGGGAGAGCCGGGAGGAGCUGAGGCUCCGGGAGCUGGAGGAGGCUCGCGCCAGGGCGGCCCAGAUGGAGAAGACCAUGAGGUGGUGGUCCGACUGCACCGCCAACUGGAGGGAGAAGUGGAGCAAGGUCCGAGCCGAGCGCAACCGAGCGCGAGACGAGGUCCGCCAGCUGAGGCAGCGGCUGGACACCCUCACCAAAGAACUGACCGGCGUCCGGCGGGAGCGGCAGGAGCUGGCCUCGGAGAACGAAACGCUGCGGCAGGAGGCGCUGCGUCUCCGCGGCGACAUCGCGGCUCCUCCCCCUCCUCCGUCCGCCGCCUCGCCCUCCGCCUCCCCCGCGCACGCCCGUGGGGCGUCCUCCCCGUCCUCCCCGUCCAUCCCUCCCUCCUCCCCUGCCUCGUCCUCCUCCUCUCAGGUCCACGCCGACGGCAGGCCGGACAGGGGUGGGGAGGGACCGCCGGGGUCACCGGAGCCAGAACCGGUCCGGGAUGUAGACCUGGAGAGACAGAAGGUGGCUCAACACAAGGACCUGGAGCUGCUGGACUCGGUGCUUCGCUCCAGAGCGGCGGGCGCCGACGCGCCGGAGGGCUGGGACGGCCGCGGCUCGCGCUCGGCGUCCGGCCCGAGCCGGCAGGAGCGCAGCAGGCAGCUGUGGGACGACGUGGGCUCGGCGGAGGAAGACUCCAGCAAGCUCAACGCCCUGCAGCUCCGUCUGGACGAGUCCCAGAAAGUCCUGCUGAAGGAGAGAGAAGACAAGCUGGCUCUGAGCAAGAGCAUCGAGAGGCUGGAGGCGGAGCUCAGCCAGUGGAAGCUCAAAUACGAGGAGCUCAGUAAGAGCAAGCAGGAGGCUCUCAAACAGCUGAACCUGCUAAAGGAAAUGCAUCAGGAUGAACUCGGCCGCAUAUCUGAAGACUUGGAAGAUGAGCUGGGGGCUCGGACCAGCAUGGACAAGAAGCUGGCCGAGCUACGAGCUGAGAUGGAGCGGCUGCAGGUGGAGAACGCGGCGGAGUGGGGGCGCCGGGAGCGCCUGGAGACGGAGAAGCUGGCCCUGGAGAGGGAUAACAAGAAGCUGAGAGCUCAGGCCGAAGACCUGGAGGAGCAGUUGGCCAAGAAACGCCGGCAGGCCGCCUCCGCUCUCGACACCGACCUCAAGGCCAUCCAGACCGAGCUGUUUGAGAGAAACAAGGAGCUGGCCGACCUUCGCCACGUCCACGCCAAGCUGAAGAAACAGUUCCAGGAGAAGACGGCGGAGCUGGCCCACGCUAACCGGAGGGUGGAGAGCCACGAGGCGGAGGUGAAGAAGCUGCGGCUGAGGGUGGAGGAGCUGAAGAAAGAGCUGGGGCAGGCCGAGGAUGAGCUGGAUGAGUCUCAUAACCAGACCAGGAAGCUGCAGAGGUCUCUGGACGAGCAGGUGGAGCAGACCGAGAACCUGCAGGUACAACUGGAACACCUACAGUCCAGGCUCCGGCGCCAGCAGCAGAGUCCCGGUCUGUUCGGGAAGAUGCGAUCGGCCCGGUUCGGUUCCGAGAACCCGGACGGCCCGAACAGCGACCUGGACGAGGAGGAGGAAGAGCUGCAGCUGCAGAUCCCCUGACCGCCCGGCUCGCGCACGCUCACAGGGCGACGCGCAUGAGCAGUCACGACAGAGAGGCGAACGCCGCUGGUCUGGGAUGAAUUAACCCAACGGGAGAGUAAAACAUUUCCUCCAGUGUCAGACGGAGCGGACGAGUUCUCGCUUCCUCUCCUGUUCCUAAGUCUCAAUAACCACUGAUGAAAAACACAAAACAAGAAUCUGCAGGUAUGUAUGGGUUUAUUUUCUCCAGAGACUUUUGGAGAAAUGAGACAUUUCUAUAUGUAGAUAUGAAACAGUAACGUUGGACCCGGCCGGAGCGAUUCCGGGACAGAGCGGACGGAUCUGCCCCUCAGACCAGCCUCCAGCGCACCACAGAGGCAAACGUGCUCGUUCUGUCAUACCUCACACAGCAGCGUCACCAUCCACACUCUGUCCUCACAUCCUUCAACCCCUCAACGACACCAGCAGGAGGAUUGUUUUCAUCGUUCGGUUAGCCGGCAAGAGAUUACCAGAGUUCCUGGAUCAAAUUUAAUUUGUGUUUUUUUUCGUCUCAUAUUAUUAAAUCCUCUGAUUGUGAUGAUUUCUGGGAACACACUGCAGAGUUUUUGUGCUUCACACAAACACAAUCGCCAGUCUUUGGAGUCUGCAUUACAGGAAUUGCUUUUCAAUGUGUGAAGCUCAAACCAGAGUGUGAAGAAACAGACCGUUAUAAGCUUCCUUCAGCCCCGACACAGCUGUUUGAGACGACGUUUACGAUAACCAGACAAAGAAAACCCGUCGUUCGACGUUCUUGUUGAACAGAUUGAGCUCCUUUCUGUAUCAACAGUGAGGAUACUAACGCAGCAUCUCGUGGCGUGACCGAGAGUCUCUUGAUUUUCCCCUGAUUGGAGACAGAAAUCGAUGGAAGCAGUAAACACUGAGCAGCCGUGCCAGGCAGUUUUUGAACCGGCGUCUCCAGAUGGCUCCAGCAUCUUCACAGCUCAUGAAAGGAUGGUUUUAACGUCCGUCCCGGCCUUAAUCAAGCCUGAGUGCCGAAUCUGUGUCCCGAAAAGCUGGAAAUGAGAGUUCUUCCCCUUGAAGAACAGCAGGUGUGGAGCUGCGUUUCCAGAUUCAGGCCGGAGCUUCGGUCGAUGUUUGGAAAAGUCUCGGCUCUGCUGGUUUUGUUGGGCGGAGUUUCAGGCUGAACACAGAAACACGUCGCGCCGUGGAGACUAGAAAUAAACACAUUCACAGGACUGCUGUUGUCCUCUUAUUAGUUUUUAAUAUCUAGAUAUGACUUUUUUCUUGCAGUGUUGGUGCUGAAGUUUAGUUUUUAAAUUUGAAGAUAUUUAAAAUUUCCUGCAAAAAGUCACACGAAUUUUAAGUAUUUAUAACCAGUGAUGAAAUAAAAAUCCUCCACAAAUAUAUGAAUUGAAGCUCCGGUGGGUUCCGUGUUGAGAGGCGCCUUUAAAGCUGCUGAGGUUUUCAGUAGCAGGAACUGGUCUGUCAUGUUUAAGCUUGUCUGAAUCUCCGCCGUUGUUGAAGCAAUAAAGCAUCAUGAACCUUCACCACUGUCCAUAUCCACUCCGCUCCGUCUCAACUCUGACGCUGGAACGGGACCAAGACACUUGUACCGAUCAGGAUUCUGUAUUACUGCUAUUUAUGUUGUUGUUGCUGUUGUUGUUGUUCUGGUUUAGUUUUUAUAAAUGACCUGUACCACAGUUGUUUUGUAUUCGCUCUAUAAAUGUCAACUGUACAUUCAACAAAACAUGACUCA